CUCGAUCGCGUCGCAUCGCGUUCACUUGCCCGCGACUUGUCCUUCCUGCCCAUGAGUAACAAAGGCCAAGCGAGCAAAGCGACUUCAGUUAAUUGCCCGAUCUGCGGCAGAAUAGUCCGUGAAGAGAAUAUCAAUUAUCACCUUGAUAACGAUUGUCCUGGACAAAAUGCCCGCGCCACUCCAGCUUCGAAAACUACCUCGAAGGCUCCAGUAGCACCAGUAUUCAAUUCUGCAAAGAAACCCUCAAACGUUACUGUCGAAGGCAGCUUUCAUAUAGGGUCGUCGCUGGCGACCAAGCGAGAGCAUCCUGAGGCCGGUGGUGCCUCUGUCCCUAGAGCCACGAAGCGCAGCAAAGGCACGGUGACGUCUCGUUCGCAAGCUGCUGCACCGCUAGCGGAGAGGCUUCGGCCCCAAGAACUGGAAGACUUUAUUGGACAGAAGCACCUUACGGGAAGUGACUCUUUAUUGAUGAAUCUGAUGCGUGGAGGAUCAACAGGAAGCAUCAUCUUCUGGGGACCACCCGGAUGCGGCAAGACAACCUUGGCAAGGCUCAUGGCUAGGAAAAGCGGGGCUGUCUUCAAGGAAAUAAGUGCAACCGAAGCCGGCAUCGGCGAUGUCCGUGCUAUUGUGGAAGAGGCCAAGGGCACUCUGAUGCUUCAAAAUAGGAGGACUGUUCUUUUCUUAGAUGAAGUCCAUCGGUUCAAUCGAGCACAGCAGGACAUAUUCUUGCCUUAUAUAGAGCAAGGGCAAAUUCAGCUUAUAGGCGCAACGACCGAGAAUCCUUCUUUCAAGAUAAACAGCGCCUUGCUUAGCAGAUGCCGCGUCUUUGUCUUGGAGCGACUCUCAGAUGACGAUGUGUCUGAAAUCAUCGACAAGGCCGUGCACCGCGUACUAGCAGGGUUAAAUGAAGUUACUGACAGCGCCGCCGAGGCUAGCACUUCUUCAGCAACGGCACUGUCACAGGAAUCCAACCAGUCUACUCUGAUCUCGUCCCAGCCCUCAAUUUCUGCCGUAUCAUUCCCAAGCUAUCCACAGCUGACCGAACGUGUCAAAAAGUCAAUCAUCUCGCUGUCCCUGGGGGACGCCCGCACUGCUCUGUCGCUCCUCGAGCUGGUGCUGAGCUCCCCACAGGAUAUCCCAGAGGCGAAGUUACUUGACUCGCUUAGACGAUCUGUCUCGACGUCGUACGACCGAACAGGCGACGACAGGUACGACCUGAUAUCUGCGCUGCACAAGAGCGUGCGCGGAAGCGAUGGGAGCGCGGCUAUGUACUGGCUUGCUCGGAUGCUUGAGACCGGGGAAGAUCCUAUGUACAUCGCUAGACGCAUGACUGUCUGCGCCAGUGAAGAUAUUGGACUAGCUGACAGUCAUGCCUUGCCCUUGGCGAUUGCAACCAUGCAGGCAUGCCAGAUGAUAGGCAUGCCAGAAUGCCGUAUCAAUCUGGCUCAUCUGGUUGCGUACCUCGCCGAGGCACCCAAAUCGACGAGGUCGUAUGAAGCCUACAAGCGCGCUGCCGCUGCGGCCAAGUCAGAUCCUACCCUGGCUGUGCCUUUGGUGAUCCGGAAUGCACCGACUAAGUUAAUGAAGAAUCUGGGCUAUUCUGAGGGGUACCGCUACAACCCGGACUAUGCGCAUCCUGUGACAAAUGACUACCUCCCUCCCCAAUUUCGGGACGAGGUAUUUCUGCGGAAAGAGGGCGAUCUUUCCGGCAAAGAAUGGGACGAAGAGGCCCUGCACCGAUGGGAGGUAGACAUGAACGGCGGAAAGGCAUGGGAAGGCCGGGGAACCUCAUUCCAAGACUUGUCAGACAAUGACUCCCCAAAGGAAGGUGUCUAGGGCAUAUCCUCCAUGCGAUACAUAACCGUGUUGCUGUGAUGUUGGUAUCUUGAUGGUAAAUGGUUUAAAAGUAAUAAAU